UAGUUCACAUUUUCUGAAGUGGUAACGGGUAGCAAACUCUUGCAAUCGAGUGAUUUUUCAGUAGAUGAAACACGUUAUCUACCUUAUCGGAAAUGAUAGUAUAAAAACUCGUGGAAUUCGUGAUUUGAGUAUAGUAACUGGACAAACUGUGUAAAAGUACACGACUAGAUAAAAGAUGGACUUCAUAAACACGAUAGUUUGUUUUAUUUUUCCUAUGAUCUCAUUUUGUCAGGAAAAUGCAGUUGGAGAAUCAAUAAAGUACACAAAUUGCGGACCGGACACUUUGAAGAAUGUGGACAUGUCACCAUGCCCCGUGCAGCCGUGUACGUUCCAUAAAGGUACAAACGCAACCGUCACCAUAGACUUCACAACUGACAAACAAGUGUUUGGAAUCACCACCAAGGUGUACGGUAUUGUAGCGGGUAUUCCCAUACCGUAUCAACUUCCAAAAUCUAACGGAUGCAAAGGAUGCAAUCUCAACUGCCCGCUCAUUACAGGAUCACACAGAUAUAUCAAUGUGUUUCCAGUAUUGCAAUCAUAUCCAGAGAUACGAAUUGCUGUAAAAUGGGAGUUAGUUGAUGAAAACAAUGAACAACUACUAUGUUUUGUUUUCCCAAUGCAAAUAGAAGCAUAAAACUAGGAUGCUUUGUCACAGAUUAUGAAAAUCUUUCCAGAGACAGACUACAACCACACUUCCUUGCAGACAUACAAAAUAUUUGUGUUAAAAUGUAUACCACAAGUGUAAUGACAUGAACAGUUUAAACAAUACAAUGCAUGCACACAUUACAGGGACAAGCCUCUGGACCUACAACACAUUUCUUUAAAAUGAUAUUUCAUAAGCAUUUUUAUAUUAAGUACAGGCAUGCCUCUUUAAUAAUUUACAUACAUCUUUUUUGUUUUAAACCUUUCAUUUUUGAAAGUGUGUUUAAACAAUACUACUAUAUUAACAUUAAAAUCUUGUAAAAAGAACAAUCUAGUCUUUACUAUUCCAGUUGUGGUCAUAAUGUAACAAACUGUUCAUACUGAUGAUCAUUUCUGAUCAAAAAUAUUUCAUGUACAUGUAUACAUUUUGUUCAACAAAUAAAACUAAACAUUCA